AUGUCCUCGACGCGUUGGUCGGGAUCCCAGCUACCAGGUCUCAAAUCUUGUUCUAUCCGUCUGGGACCAUAUCAGGAUGACCAUGUGCAAACAAUGAUCAAGCAAACAGUUGACCAAGCCACGGGUAAGCAGCCAGUAGGAUGCUGUUUCACCAAAUUCUUCGACUUCGACUUUACGGCGGAAGCAAGUACCGUCCAACGUUAUAUCUUUCUCAUUCUUCCGCCUACACGCCACAGUCUCCCAAAACCGAAAAGCCCAAGCAGAUACGUUUUCUACGCCCAGUUAAGUUCAUUAUCGACCUUCAAGGGCCAGAUUUCUAUCUCUCUUCCUUCUCUUCACUAA